AUGUUUGGUAAAGGAAUAUACAUCUUUGCAUUAAGUUUCUUUUGUACAGUAGUGGUUGUGAAUGCUCAAAGCGCAUUCUUAGAUCAUGUAAAAAAUAAUACUAUAGUGCAUCAUAUUGAGACAAACACUGUUUGGCAGUAUUUAGGUAGUUAUUCACAGAUUGAUGGAUCCAUCAAUUAUAUUACUGAAAUACCUGUUUUUCAGUUUCUGUGUGACGUUCUUCCAGUUCGAAUGGCUUAUACCUUACAAGCGUGUAUAGAAUAUAGAGAUCUUCUUUUGAAAAACAGCGAUGUAGCACGAUUGAAGGAAGUUGCAGAAGAUCAUUCUAAAAGCCGAGCAAAGCGACAAAUACUAGAAGGAAUUGCAGCUACUGGAGCUGCCUAUACGGUGUAUCGUAUCGUCGGGGAUUUGCUGGGUCCCAGUAACUUACAGCUAGCGCAUAGAUUAGAAGAUGUAGAGAAUUUUCAGGUACAUCAAAAUGCUUUGAAUGAGAUAAUGAAUACCGCUAUUGCGUCACUUCAGAAUAAUCAAUUAGCUAUUUUAAAAGCCUUUAAAGAUGUCUAUGAUGACGCAAAUGCUACUCGUCAGUAUUUAUAUCAACAUAUUCGACAAGUGAUUGCUUUUAGAAAUGAGUACGAUUCUUUCGCAAAGCAUGCGAUACUUCAAGAAAUGCGUAAUCAUUACGAUAAAAUCGUACAUUCGAUAACUAAAAUCGAGGAACAAAAAUUGAACCUUGACUUUUUGACUACGGAACAGCGUACCAUUACAUAUAAUUUUGUGUACGAAGCUGUAAAAACACUUUUACCGGAGGAUUUUGGAGCAUCUCUAAGUGCUUUCAUACCAAAACUUCUUGUCCAUCAAAUAUUAUCAUUUACUUCUGUCAAUGAGAAAAACAUUUCGUAUGAAUUGACCGAAAAUGAUUUUCAAUUUGACAUUAGUGUUGAUCCAAAGUUUGAAAAAUUAAAUCAAACAGUAGACCUUGACGAAAUCAUUCCGAAGAUCGUUGGCCAUUUAAGAGUUGAAAAUAUUUUUGGACGUCCGAUAAAUAUCAGCCAGAAAAAGACUGAUCUUUAUAAAGUAACAAAGUUACCUUUCUUUGUUACAUCGACGAGAGCGGCACAAAGCUCUCAUAUGCCAACGUACUUUACGCUGAGUCCGGAUGGAUAUUCUUCGGAAUGGGAGAACCACGAUCAUCGACGUUGUACGUUUGAUGAACGGUCUAAAUUUCUUUUCUGUGCCGUUCCAACUCCAAUAUAUAGCCAAAUUCAGAAUCCUUGUAUUCGAAGUAUUGUAUAUAAUACAAAUACUUCAGAAUGUACGAAGGAUGAAAUAGAUUUAUUUUCACCGCAGAGUAUCCGUUUAGCACCAGAUAUAUUUGCUAUUUCGACUGAUUCAAAAUUGCAAUGUUUAGAAAAGACUGAUAAGAAAGAAAACCGCUGGACAAAUAUUAAUAAAGUUAGUAUUAUCAGGACAAAAUGUAACUCGUACAUAUCGUGUGGCAAAUUCGAUCUUCGAUCGGAUGUCUGUAGAGAUGAAAAUGUUUACAUUCUGUCGAUGAAAAAAUCUAUUGCUCCGUAUCGUUUCGGAGAAUCAGUAAACGAAGCACAGUCAGAUAUUUUGACUUUAAGACCUUCACUUAAUAUAAGUGCUCUAUUGAAUGAAAUUGAUAUGGAAGAACGGCUUCGAGAAGAAGGAUUUAAUCAAUUUCGACAAAAUGUAUCGGAAGUGAUUCAGUCGAAAUGGUCAUUGACGUUUUUUCUGGUUAUUUUUGCUGUUGCCACUCUACUGAUCGUUGUACUUUGCAUUUUUUGUAAAUGUUACUUCAAACGUUCUCUACUGAAAUUAUUCUGGUGCUAUGAGAAAUCAGCUAAGCCAAUAGCUUCUAGUAGCGAUGCUAAGUUACACACUGUUUUAUCUCAGCCCAUAUCUAAUGUUGGUGAUGCUGUAGUACAGGUACCACCACCUAUCAUUCCUCGAAAUCGACCAGAUUCAUUUUUUGAGAAACUCAGUAUUCCUUCACGCUGUGUUAAUUAUAUUUUGUCACCUGAUUGUGAUCGAAAUGAGAAUAUGAAAUCGAAAUUUCAUAAUCAGCGCUCUGCUAUUGUGGCGUAUGAUGCUCCUGCUGUUCGAAAUCAGCUGAAUUAUACACAGAAUAUCUCACGUAAUUUUCGUACGAGUGAUCGUAGCUGUCGGCCAAACGCUUCUGUAAAUCAAGAUGUCUCUUUUCAAGAAGGAAUUAUAACGGCUACAAAUCAGUCGGAUGUAACAUCUGGAUCUUUUUUUGAGGAAGAUAAAAGUACAUUCAGUGGUUAUAAGUUGAAAAAAUAG